AUGCUUAAGAGUAAGCAAAACAAAGAUAUUGUAAACAAGCAAGAGCUAAUCUACACAGAACCAAAAUUUUCCAAGUCUCAACAGCAAAAAACAUCCAAGACAAAUCAGAGUAAUGUCCAGUCAAGAGAAGAGCAAGUAGACUACAUGGAACUGAAAUUUCCCAGAUCUUCCCACCAUCAGCACAGAAAACAGAAAAAAGGAAAUGUGUUACACCACCGAUCUACAGCCUGGCAAGUGAUAACUGGGAGUCUGGGGACCCUGUGUGUGGUCUUGUUGAUAACAGUGUGUGUCUUGCUUGUAAACUUAUUUUCCAACAAAGGAGACCCAAACCAAAAAAUAUCACCUGUUCCCACUCUAUCUUCUAAAAAUGAUGAAUGUUCCUGUGACCAUUGUUCAACUCACUGGAUUGGAUUUGGAAGUAGUUCUUAUCAUCUUUCCAGUAAAGCCAAAACCUGGGUGGAGAGCCAUGCUGCCUGUGAAGAGCUAAAUACCCACCUUCUAAAGAUCGAUAUCAAGGCAGAGCUGGAACUUUUAUCAAUGCUUGAAGUAAAAGGAUGGAUAGGUCUCAAAAUCAAUGAAACCAGUGAAUCCUGGUUAUGGGAGGAUGGCACCACAGUAACUGAAAACCUAUUUGGAUUCCUGAAAAUGGAGAAAGAUGGUUGUGCAUAUAUUGAAGGAAAUUAUGUUUAUGCUGCUAACUGUUCAUCUGGAAAAAGUUACGUAUCUAUAGCAGGCCUCUUUUGUGAGAGUAAUCUGACCUCCCCACUAAAGGAUGCACAACUUUCUGGCCAACAGAAGAAUUCCUCAACCAUUCAAAAUAUUGAGCAUUUGGUACCCUUUUUAAUAAAUAA